GGUCAUGAUAAUUGUUAUUCAAUGAAUUUAAAUUUGAACAUACACGACUAUAAUAUACCAUUUUAUCACAUUCUCGAAAUGAAACCCCAAACCUCCAAAAAAUGUACAUAUAUACAGUGGUACGAUUCCGCCAUAGUACGUAUCCUCCAAAUUUUACAUAGUUACUCCCCUUUGAUAAAUGAUCGCCAUGGACCCUGCACAAAAAUUUCGUUUAACAGUUUUCUCUCAUAGAAAUUAUAUCAGAUAAGGACAUUUCUAUUACGAUAUUUCUCUCAGAGCAGCUUCUGAUCUAAGAAUGCAAUAUUCAAUAAUAAAAGCGUCAUACUGGCGUCAUUUUAAAGUCUUACUUCCUGCAAGGAAAUAAAAGCUGACAAGAUGGACAGUAAUCUAAACAAAGACACACUUUGUGAGAAGUUAUCACCUGAAUUGCAAAAAAGUGGUGUUCAAAGAAAUAAGAUGCUCAGUCCGUGUAAAAUGACACAUAGAUGUUAUAUUUGUGAGAAAACAUUUACUCAACGAAGGUAUCUGAAAACACAUAUGACAAUACAUACUGGCGAGAAGAAUCAUGUAUGUAAAAUUUGUGAUAAAGCAUUUUCUAAUCGAAGUUCUUUGAAUAGACAUAUGAGAAUACAUACGGGCGAGAAGAAUCAUGUAUGUGACAUAUGUGAUAAAGCAUUUUCUUAUCGAAGUAAUUUGAUCACUCAUAUGACAAUACAUUUUGGCAAGAAGAAUUAUCAAUGUGAAAUGUGUGAUACAAAAUUUUUUCAACGAAGUAAUCUAAAUAGACAUAUGACAAUACAUACUGGCGAGAAAAAUCAUGUAUGUAACAUAUGUGACAAAGCAUUUUCUCAACUAAAGUCUCUCAAUACACAUAUGACAAUACACACUGGCAACAAGAAUCAUCGAUGUAAACUAUGUGAUAAAACAUUUUGUCAUCAAAGUUCUCUCAAUAAACAUAUGACAAUACACACUGGAGUGAAGAAUUAUAUAUGUAAAAUAUGUGAUAAAGCAUUUUCUCAACAAAUUUAUUUGAUCAAGCAUAUUACAAUACAUACUGGCGAGAAGAAUCAUAUAUGUAAAAUAUGUGAUAAAGUAUUUUCUCGUCAAAGUAAUUUGAUAAGGCAUAUGACAAUACACACAGGUCACAAGAAUCAUAGAUGUGACUUGUGUGAUAAAGCAUUUUCUUCCCGAAGUAGUUUGAUCAACCAUAUAACAAUACACACAGGCGAGAAGAAUCAUAUAUGUAAAAUAUGUGAUAAAGCAUUUUCACAACAAAGUAGUUUGAAAACGCAUAUAACAAUACACACUGGCGAAAAGAAAUAUAGGUGUGAAAUGUGUGAUAAAGCAUUUUCUCAUCAAAGUCCGUUGGUCAGGCAUAUGACAAUACACAAUGGGGAGAAAAAUUAUUAAUGUAAAAUAUGUGAUAGAUCAUUUUCUCAACGAAGUUCUCUGAAUAAACAUAUGACAUUACAUACUGGCGAAAAGAAUCAUUUAUUUGACAUCUGAAAAAGCAAUAAUUAUUUAACUAAUAUAUGACUUUCAACUAAUAAAAUUAUGAAUGUGGACAAUGGCAAAAAGCCGAUCAAUUACAUCUAAAUUCUUUUUACUUUCUAACAACAUUUGACAAUGCCAACUACUCUAUUUUUUUUGCAAGCUUAUGUCGGUGUAACAAAUAAUGUAUUGCAAUACAUAGAGGAUAUUUAUUUAGUUCGGUGUAAGAUCGAAAUAUAUUUCACACAGUGAGCACCAAAAGGUAUAUUUCACACAGCCACGAGUGAAAUAUGGACUUUUGGUGUUCACAAGGUGAAAUAUAUUAAGAUCUUACACUAAACUUAACAAAUUUUCUUUUUAUUAUAUGCAAAGAAACGUUAAAAAAAAGACAUAAUACUGGAUGAAAAUGGCCUAAUAAUAAUACAACGUGACAUCAUUUACGACGUCAUGUCAUUAAGUUGGUUCCCAGUACUGUGCACGCAGGUAUUUCACUGAAACAACGUAAGGGCUUAAUUAAAUUCAAAACUGUUUUAAACAGUGAAAUUAUCAAUUUGAUAAUUUCACUGUUUAAAACAGUGAAGUUAUCAGUUUUAUAUCACUGAAAUUUUCUAUAAACCACCGAAAAGCAUGUUAUAAUUUUUAGCUCAUCUGUCACAAAGUGACAGGGUGAGCUUUUGUUUUUGCUUUUUGUCCGGCGUCUGUCCGGCGUCCGUCCGUCCGUAAAAUUUUACUUUAAAUGACAUCUCCUCAUAAACCACUAAGCCAAUUUCAUUCAAACUUCACAGGAAUGUUCCUUUGGUGAUAACCUUUAAAAAUUGUUCAAAGAAUUUAAUUCUAUGCAGAACUCUGGUUGCCAUGGAAACCGAUAGAAAAAACUUAAAAUAUCUUCUUUUAAAAAACCCAAAGAGGUAGAGCUUAGAUAUUUGGCAUGAAACAUCUUCUAGUGAGUGUCUUUCAAAUUUGUUCAAAUAGAAGCCCUGGGG